AAUUUUUCAAAGUUAAGUGAACAAAUUAAGAAAAUGACAGUUGUGGAGGAUCAUAAAAUGGAUGAGUUUCCCAGAGGAAUGCGAGUUCUUGCUGUUGAUGAUGACUCAACAUGUCUCAUGAUUUUGGAGACUAUGCUACGAAGGUGCCAAUAUCAUGUGUUGUCUGUAAAUGAUGACCCUAAGAUGGUGAUGAAGGGAAUUACACAUGGAGCUUGUGAUUAUCUACUGAAACCUGUUAGAAUUAAGGAAAUACAGAACAUUUGGCAGCAUGUUGUCAGAAGGAAGACGAUUGAUUCGAAGGAGUGGAACAAAACCAGCUACCAAGACAAUGUUAAUGCUGAUAGUAAUGAAAGAGGGUCGGUAGCAAAAGGAAAUUCAGAUCAAAUUGGAAAGUCUUCCAGAAAAAGGAAGGAUGAGGAUGAGGAUGAUUAUGAGGAGAAUGAAAAUGGCCAUUACAAUGAGGACUCAUCAAGUCACAAGAAACCUCGAGUUGUUUGGAGUGUUGAACUGCACCGCAAGUUUGUUUCUGCUGUCAAUCAAUUAGGCUUUGAAAAAGCUGUGCCUAAAAAGAUUCUUGACUUGAUGAAUGUUGAAAAGCUUACAAGGGAGAAUAAAUAUAGGCUUUACCUGAAAAGAAUUAACUCUGCGGCGAACCGACAGGCUAAUAUGGUGGUAGCCUUAGGCACUGCAGAUUCAUCCUAUUUGAGAAUGGAUUCUCUGAGUGGGGUUGGACAUUUGACGUCAUUGACUGGAGCUCAACAGUUUCAUAAUAAUACUUUCAGACCCUUUGGAUCCGGUGGGAUGGCUGGAAGAUUGAACACUUCUUUUGGUGUGAAUGUGCAUGGGUUGCCUUCUUCAGAAACUCUUCAGUUGGGUCAUGCUCAAAAUUUACACAAAUCUAUACAUGAUCCACUUAAGUUCCAACCAACAAUAACUUGUGGUAACCAGAAUGGUAUUCAGGGAAUAUCAAUGUCUACAGGUCUUGAUCAAUUCCAACAUAAUAAGGGUGUUAGUGUUGGUGUUAGUCCUAUUCAAAACAUUUCCCCUCUUAUUGAUGUUCAACCAAAUUUGUCAAUACCAAAUAAACUCCCAGAUCUGAUACCAAAAGCAAUAAUGGGUUGCUCACCCUCUCCAGUUUUGGACAUAUCAAACAAUGCUUUGGUAUUGAAAGCUGAAAGUGAAAACACCCAAGGGAGUGGAAUGAUAUAUGGUCAAACUUCAUUAGCCUCUCAGCAUUCACAAUUCUCACUCCCUUUGCUGGAACAGGGUAGGUGUAGUGAUAUUUGGUCAAAUUCUGCUGCUGAGUCAUCUGGGAUAAAUUCUUACCCUCCAAGUGAAACUUUUCAAGUAAGGAAUCUGAGUUGUGCUUCAUCCAUUACUACACUGUCUAACGAAUCUCAUGAUCCACUAAAAGAUAUGCACUCCCAAGGAGUUUUUUUUCCAAAUAAUUCUGGACAAAUAAGCAAUAAUGUGGCGCCAUUUCAAGUGUGGAACGACAAUAAUGAUGAUAGUACUUUCCAUUCAAAUAUUUUUGGUAAUUCAAUAGACGCCCUGAUUGAUACAGAUGGCCAUAGUUCUAUUAACUCAACCUACAACAGAAACACGGACUUCAGUUUUUUUUAUCCCUCACUAAUGAAGCCUGAUGGAAUUAUGGGAUUGAGUGAAGAAAACACAUUGAAACAACAACAGGAGUACACCCUGAACCAGAACAAGUCUCAAAACAAUCGUGCCGCUAAUAAUCUUGUUUCACUGGAAGAAUUUGUCAGUUCAAUGACGAACCAGGAAUUGGUGGAUUGGACAUACUUGCCCGUGUUUCAUUUCCUCGAUGCCCUUAAUAGAUGUCAAUACUUCAUGCGCCUUGGUCUAUAUUUAAGGGCACUCACAAGUAUUACUUUCAGCAAGAGCUUUUCUCCAAUUGUGAAUAAUGCUUUGUCUAUGGAUGUGUCCUCUGGUGCAUUAUGGAGUUCACCAUGUCUAGUUUUGUGGAAAUUUUCUUGCUAUUUGUUAAUGGUCCAUGAGCAAGAUUAA